GAGCCGGCUGCGGUGGGCGGAGGAGGGCGGUCGAGCCAUGGCCGGGGCGGGCGGUCGCUGCCUGCUGCUUGCCUCCGCCCUCGGGGAGGGGGAGGCCGGUGCCGGGGCGAGCAGCGGGUGAUGGGGAAGAGGCGAGCGCGGCGCUGAGGUCCUGCGGGGCCGGAUGAGCGGUGGCGGGGCCCGAGGAGGGGGCCAGGGAGGCAGCGGGAGCAGCCCCGGGGCGGCCUCGGCGCCGGCUGCCCUGCGGGGAAGGAGCCCCCCGCCAUGGAGAUCGAGAACAUCGUGGCCAACACGGUGCUGCUGAAAGCCCGGGAGGUACAAAAAUUACUCUUCCACUGAAAUGUUUUGCAGUUAAAAAAAGGAAAACGGAGUGGACGUAGUAAAAAAUGGAGAGAGAUGCUGAAGUUGCCACCUGUUAGUUAUUGUGAAGGUAUUAGACAUUCAAUCGAAAAAGACUAUAACCAGCUUUGUGACAAACAGCCUAUAGGAAGACUUCUCUUCAGGCAGUUCUGUGAUUCCAGACCAGACUUGAAAAGGUGCAUUGAAUUCCUGGAUGCAGUGGCAGAAUAUGAGGUAUCUUCAGAUGAAAAGCGUAUAGACUGUGGCCUGAAGGUUUUAGAGACCUACUUCACUAAUGGGUCUGCAGCACACUUGCCAGAAAUCCCUCAGGAAACAGUAAAUGAAUGUAAAGCAAGACUGGAAAAGAACCCGUCUAAAGAUCUUUUUAUGGACUGUACCAGAGUUGUCCAUGAAUAUUUAAGCAGAAGGCCUUUUGAAGCUUACCAAGAAAGUGUGUAUUUUUCCCGUUUUUUACAGUGGAAAUGGCUGGAAAAGCAACCAGUAACCAAACACACAUUUAGGCAUUACCGAGUGCUAGGCAAAGGUGGAUUUGGAGAGGUGUGUGCCUGUCAGGUGCGGGCAACAGGAAAAAUGUAUGCUUGUAAAAAGCUAGAAAAAAAGAGAAUAAAGAAGAGGAAAGGAGAAUCAAUGGCUCUAAAUGAAAAAAGAAUUCUAGAAAAAGUGAAUAGUAGGUUUGUAGUUAGUUUAUCCUACACCUAUGAGACAAAAGAUGCCCUGUGUUUAGUAUUAACCAUAAUGAAUGGAGGAGAUUUGAAGUUUCACAUAUACAACAUGGGAAAUCCUGGCUUUGAUGAAGAAAGGGCUAUUUUCUAUGCUGCAGAGUUGUGCUGUGGUCUGGAGGAUUUGCAGAGGGAGAGAAUUGUUUACAGAGACUUGAAGCCUGAGAAUAUACUCCUUGAUGAUUGUGGACAUAUCAGAAUUUCAGAUCUUGGAUUAGCUGUGCAGAUUCCAGAAGGAGAAACGGUCCGAGGGCGGGUUGGGACUGUUGGUUACAUGGCUCCAGAAGUGCUCAAAAAUGAAAAGUAUACCUUCAGCCCUGAUUGGUGGGGUCUUGGGUGCUUGAUUUAUGAAAUGAUUGAAGGACAGUCUCCAUUCAGGAAGCAUAAGGAAAGGGUCAAACGGGAUGAGAUUGACCGGAGAGUAAAGGAAGACCAGGAAACAUAUUCAGACAAGUUCUCAGAGGAGGCAAAAUCCAUCUGCAGGAUGUUACUUGCCAAAAAUCCAGGGGAUAGACUGGGUUGCACUGAAGAUGGAGCUGCUGUUGUAAAACAACAUCCUAUUUUCAAGAAUAUUAAUUUCAAGAGGCUGGAAGCUAACAUGUUAGAACCUCCGUUCUUGCCAGAUCCACGUGCGGUGUAUUGUAAAGAUGUGCUGGACAUAGAACAGUUCUCAACAGUAAAAGGAGUGAACCUGGAUACUACAGAUGAUGACUUUUAUUCCAAAUUUGUUACGGGUUGUGUCUCAAUCCCUUGGCAAAAUGAGAUGAUUGAAACAGGAUGCUUUGAAGAUAUCAAUGCAUAUGAAACUGAUGGUACUGUGUCACCAGACAGAGAGAGGUCUCCUAAACAAAAGAGAGGCUUUUUUCACAGACUUUUCAGUGGAGAGGUCUGUUUUAAAUCUGAUUGCAGUGAUGAUGAACAGGAGUCCUCCAGACUUUAAAUGAUUUUGCUAUCAUCAGAAAGGAUGAAUGAACUUUGAAUGUUUUAUAUCUCUGUAGCAAAGUGUAUUAUAUAUAUUUUUUAUCUGAGUUCAAGGAUUUUUGUACAUUUGUACUUCAUUUGUUUUAAGAUGUAUAUUUUCACUAAAGCAUAACUGUACAAAAAGCAGUGAGUGCCACUUGAGUGAAUGUGUGUUUCUGUAUGUAUUUGUAUCUUGAUUUUAUUUUUUUUUCCAGUGGAAUGAAUCUAGAAAUACUUAAAAGGAUUUUAAAGCACAGAGAUAAUAAUUGCGGCAUAAAUGUAACUUGACUUUGUAUGCUCCUGGUAAGACUCUUCGCAAGCACUAUUUCUUGUUUGUUAGGAUCUUUACAGUAUUCUUAACAGCAAAAUUGCUGUACUGAAAAAUUUCAUAAUUCUGCUAUUAUCUGGCAGCACAGCAGUGCUAUUAUCUAACAUCUCUCAAACUGCUAAGGGGAAAAAAAGGAAUUCCAUGCACUGUGACCUGUUAUUGUGAAAUGUUCUUUAUUGUUUAUAUCUGAAGACUGUCUUGAAUCUGUACCUACUUAUAGAUAGAAUUCUGGACAUUUAGCUUAAUCUUGUAGCAGACUGUAUUGCAUACUCCUCUUACCUUCCCAUCCACACAUCUUCUCCAUACAGUUUCUGGGUAUGGACCAUGCAAGUAGACUCAUGCCAAUUUUAUAAGUAACUAUAUUUUGAGUACCUUGCUGCUUUUACUAAAAGGGUUUCUUUUACCUGUGAGGACUCCCUUUUAUUUUAUUUUUUUUCUGUAAACAAAACUGUUUACAACUCCAUGCUGUAGAAGGUUACAGUGUUAUAAUGGGUUAAAACAGAAAGCAUGGUCUCAUCUUACUAUUUACUACCUGCCUCUCUCAUUAUCAUGUUGUAAUAUCUCAUGUUACAGAAUUGAUGGUGAUCACUGCCACUGAGGGAAGGACAAAGUAGUGUUGAGUAUCAAAUUAAUUAUGUAAAUAAUCUUUUCUUAUAGCCUUUAAAAAAUUAAACAUUAACCUGCUUUUAAUGAUUGCUUAAUGCAGAUGUGGAGCUGAUAUUGAUGGUUUUAGUUAAGAUUACCUGAUACUCAUUGGUAAAAGACUGUUUCCAGUUGCUUGGAAGCUUGUCAGAUUUCCAGUCUUGUGGGCUUGAAGUAUGCCAAGUAUUUCCUCCUUUUUAUUCUUUGAAAUUUCAGGUAAAACUAUUCAGCUGUGUGUGAGAAUAAAUUUAGGGAACACCUUUCAUUGAUGUUAGAAAUGUCUGUCACUGUUCCAUUAAGAUCCUCUUCUGUUUUAAAAUUUUGAAUUAGGGACUUUAGAAAUACAAUGGAAUGUUCUUGGAGUUGGAGACAUGAUUUUUGUUUCAUAUUCUGUUCUAUAUUCCAAACAUUGUCUCCACUGAGCUUUUUUUUUUUCCUUGCAAAUCUCCAGGGCACCAACCAGACUGCACAUGUAUUAUAUGCACAGAACAACUGGAUAUCCUUCUACCUCAGUAGCUUUCUGCUUGUGAUCCACACACCCAUUGGGAGAAACCUAAACUACUUCUGAGAAGCUCACAAGAUGCAACUGAUAGUCGAGCUUAUUGUCAGGUUUUAAUUCACAAUACUGUCUCUCUAGUGUUUUAAAGGGCUGGAAUUUGAAAAAAGUUGGAAAAAAAGCAGUUUUACAGAAUGCUACAGGGCCUGAGCUGGUGUCUAUCUGAAAUUGCUCCUCUUGACUACUGUACCAUAGGGAUGAGGAAAGAGACUGUUUUCUUAUGCUUUCAGUACAUUUUUCCUGAUGUUGAAGGCAGCACAGAGGACUGGAAAGUGACUAUUGUAGAAAAUACAAAGGGAGAAAUAGGAAAGAGGAGGGUUUGAAUAAAUUACUGGAUUACAGAGAAUCUGAUGCAGCAAUCAAGUAAUGGGAGACUUGAUAGGGAAAUAUCUGAAAUAAGGAUGCUGGCUAGAACCAUUAUGUGUGUGAGCCCAUGAGCUGGCAUGGUCUGACCUGACCAUCUUUGUUAUGUACCACAAUAAUAGAAGGACUCUAAAGAGAUUGGAAGGGGGCAUAGAAAAGGAGCAGAAGUGUUUCUUUUAAAUACUUAUCAUUUGGAAAAGCAAUCAUGUUUUUCUGAUAAAGUGGUGUAAUUUUGUAAGACCUUAGGUUUUCUGUGCUGAGACAAAGGCGAUAGUAUUAAUACUAGACAUAUGAACUGACAGCCUGGAUUUAGUGCCUGCUUACAGCAACUUGAAAUUUGGACAAGAAUACCAUGGACGCAAGCUGAGUACUUUUUAUGAAGAAAGUACAGGAAUUACUGACAAAUAAAGGAAUUCCAAUUUUAUAUUUUUCAUGGUUUUUCAAAGUGUUCUUUCCAUAUUGGAGGGGGUGGGAUUUUGACUAAAAAGAUCAAAUUAACACCCCACCCCCAUUUUGGAGUGUUGAAGUUUAACGCUGUUUCUCCAGGGACCUGUGAAGAAAAUGGACUAGAUAAAGAGAAGAGGACAGUUGCUCCUAAGAGAUUGCUCCUUAAAUUCUUUUUACCUCUGCUUCUUUUGACAGGGAAUUUGGACCAUGCAAGAAAGUUGUUUUGCUUUUUAAUGAAGCUUUACUUAGGUUCAGUCCCCAAGUUGUUCCUGAUGUUCUGGAAACUAUUUUUGUUUUUUGAGUAACUACAUGUUUGCAGGAUUAGGACCUAAAUUCUGGUUUUUUUCCAGUAGGUUUAAGUUGGCAUUUUUUCACUAUAAAUUUGUCUCUUUUAUCUCCAUUUGAUGAGUAUGACCUAACUUCUUGUACAAUUUACCAACUUUAUUACAUAGAUAGGGAAUAAAUACAUUAAAUCUGUCACCACCAGUGCAGGUGUCAAAGUAUUACAGUAUUGUCAGUAAGAAAAGAAAUAUAACCACAUAAUAAUGACUAUAUGGUAUCUAAUGUAAAUUCCUUAGUGAAUUAGAAAAGGCAAGAAGCUGGAAGGACCAACAUGACUCUCAUUAUACAAUACACAGAGACUAAAAUGCUACGCCAUUUAAUCUAAGGCAAGUAAUACUGGUUAAAUAUCUUUAGUAGAGUAUUAGCAUCUUGGAGAUGAACUUUGAAAUUGGGGAACAGGGAAGGAGAGAGGAGGGCACUUGAAAGUGUGGUGUGAUAAAAUUUAAAAAGAAGUUUGCUCUUGAUUUUUGGAGGAUACAUAACUGAGACAAAGAAAGGAGAAGGCAGUAGGUUGUGUUUACUAAUUAUAUAACCUUUUAUUUUCAUGAAGCUGUAAAAAAGACAUUCUUCUCAUGUAGUGUGACUUCAUUAUACCUCCAUUAAUUCAGAUUCAAGAUCCAUGUCUUAAAACACUUUAAUAGCAAUGUGACAAUCCAACAGCUUGACUGCUUUGUUCUCCUGGUACAAAAUAGGAUAAAAUUUAUGGAAUUCUGUGGAGUUACUUGUAUGAGAUCGAUUAUUUGUGGUUUGUUUCCAAGCAUUUUUGUGUGUAAGUCUUAGCAUUUGCUUGUGCAUACCUCAUGAAUCUAUUAUAUAUUUAGCUCAAAAUUCAGAAACUGUGAAACAACAUAAGAGUAUCUUAUUAGUUUACUUUUCAAUGUUGUGACCAACAGAAUUAAAUCUUCAUGCCUCAGGGUUGUUUUCUUUCUAUAAAAACGUUAACUUUUUUUUGUAGAGGUAGUGUUCAUAAUAAUGAUGGCAUCAUGUUUCUGGAUUAUAACAACAUCAAAACAGCCCCUGUUUAAAAAAAAUGAGCACUUAAAUAAUUACUGCACAAUAGAAAUAGAAGAACUAUGGUAUCUCAGUAACAAGGAGAUAGCUAUUGUCCAACCUUAACUUUUAGUUAAAAAUGCUGUGUCUUUUUAAAAUUAUUCUUAGAACAGUAGAUCUGAAGGCAAAAACCAAUUUUUAGAAUGCGCUUCAAUUAUUUUCAAACAAUACAGAUGGAAGGUAUUUCUCACUGUCAUUUAUAAAAUCCAAAAUAUUGUUUACAAGUUAUUGAAAAUAAGUCAACAGAAGUAGUAUUAUUUCACUAUGGUUUACUAUUUAGUAUUAUAAUAAUUUAACAUUGGAUUUAUCACCUCUGUUUUAGUGUUGAUUUCCAGAAAGUACUUCUAAGUACUCACAAAUUGGAAUUAUUUUAAAACUGUAAUGGAGAACAUCUUCAAGCUAAAUUUAUGUGCUUCUUUUUAUGUUUUGAGGGGUGUGUGUGGGGGGUCUUUUUAUUUUUUUGAAUGAUCUUUGUUUGGUGUUGUUGAUGUCUCUUCUGCUGUAUGUAUGUCUUUUUUUUUUUUUUUUUUAAUUUUGUAAUUGUCCAUCUGGUGUAACUUAUUUGUUUUGCACAUGACACAUAGGUAAUUUCUCACGUGUUUUAUAUGUGUUGAGAGCAUGAGAAUUCUUUCCGAGUAUAACCAUUUUGAUGGCUAUGAUGUGUUGCUUAUAGUUUUUCCAAACCACUGAAUUGUUCUUGUAUGAGCUGUUUUCCUGGAUGUUCUAGCAUUUGUUAUUCCUGAAAUAAAAGCAAAACACUGCCGCAUGUCUAAAUCACA